AGAGCAUGUCCCCUGAUAUAUAUUUUCAGAAUCUGACUAUGGAUUACUAUUACAGCAGCAACAACUAUUCCUGGCCGGAAGAUCCUGUUUUUCUGUUCCCUGUCCCGGUGUUGACUGGGAUAACUGUCACAUGUAUUCUUCUUUUCAUCAUAGGAAUAUUUGGGAACGUGAUGACUAUGUUAGUGGUGUCCAAGUAUAAGGAUAUGAGGACUACGACCAAUCUCUAUUUAUCCAGUAUGGCAUUUUCGGAUCUUCUCAUUUUCCUCUGUAUGCCUCUCGAUCUCUACAGACUCUGGCAGUACAGACCAUGGAAUUUUGGGAGCACCCUCUGCAAACUCUUUCAGUUCGUCAGUGAGUGCUGCACUUACUCCACUAUACUGAACAUCACAGCUCUCAGUGUAGAACGUUAUUUUGCUAUCUGUUUUCCCUUGAAAGCUAAGGUAGUGAUAACCAGAGGUAGAGUAAAGCUGGUCAUCUCUGUCCUCUGGGCAGUGUCAUUUGUCAGCGCGGGGCCAAUCUUUGUCUUGGUUGGAGUUGAACAUGAAAAUGGAACAAACCCUCUGGACACAAACGAGUGCAAAGCAACAGAGUAUGCCAUAAAGUCAGGUCUCCUAACUAUAAUGGUCUGGACAUCUAGUGUGUUCUUCUUCUUGCCUGUCUUCUGCCUCACCGUCCUCUACACUCUCAUAGGCAGAAAGCUGUGGAGAAGAAAGAGAGAGAAUAUAGGUCCACACAUCUCUAUAAGGGACAAGCAUAACAAACAGACUGUGAAAAUGUUAGCUGUGGUGGUGUUUGCUUUCAUACUUUGCUGGUUGCCGUUCCAUGUAGCACGUUACCUGUUUUCCAAGUCGUUUGAAGCUGGUUCCUUAGAAAUAGCUCUUAUCAGCCAGUACUGCAACCUGGUCUCUUUUGUGCUCUUCUACCUGAGUGCUGCCAUCAACCCUAUUCUCUACAACAUCAUGUCAAAAAAGUAUCGCGUAGCAGCUUCCAGACUAUUCCGACUAAAGCAGGUUUCACGGAAAGCAACCUACACUACAAACGAUGAAAGCUCUCCCGCCUGGACAGAGUCCAAUAUCAGCACAUGA